GGAUGGCUUUGCUAGAGGAGCUCGGAAAGUCACCACAAACCGUUUGUCCAUUCAGUACUAGUUCGCCUUGCACCCCGAUAGGUGGUUUUCGAGCGUUGCCGUCGUCGGUCGAGUGUGACGUAUCUCGUUGUCAGGGGGUCUCCGUCGCGUCAUUGUACACCUUUUACCUGGCUACUUCGAUUACUGGUGCGCGCUACAUACGAAACGGACCUCAGCGAUUGUAGAUUACGUGUGACUGUAUUUGUGUUAUGGCGUGGCGAUGAAGGUACUGCAGAUCUUGUAAGCGUCCAUCAAUUGCCAUCUGAAGUGUUUAAAGGUGCGGAAUCUGUAUACAUGACAGUGUUUUAGAACCAUGCUGAAUUUCGAUCGUGACGAGUGGAUCCAAUAAAUUUUCCGAGAUGCGUCUGUCGGCCAGGAUUAAAUGCUUCAGAUAUCUGGUUUAUGCCUAUAUUGUUCUGAUUUCGAUUUGUGGUGGCGCCCAGCUGGUGAUUGGCGCGUUCCUGUUAUGGACCCAUCGACAGUAUUCGGCCAUAGUUAACGACCAGUUUUGGGAACCCUUCGCCGUCAUCAUCGCACUGGGACUAGUUGCCCAACUGAUCUGCUACUUCGGAUGGACGUCCACGAGCAAAAAGCACCGAUGCUACUUAGGAACGUUCUGUGCAUUUCUAGUGAUACUAAUUGUGGUCCAGUUUCUCAUCAGUGGCUGGGCGGUCGCAACGAAACAGCAACUCCUGACACCCGCCGAGCUGGCCAUCGAAACCAGCUUCGGGCAGUUCAUUGCCACGCCAGGUGCCAUCACCGAUCCGACGCACAUCUGGAACCGGUUGCAGCGGGAUCUUCAAUGCUGCGGGAUUAACAAUGUCCACGACUACAAGAAGGAGAAACAGAAGCAGCUGGGUCUUCCCUGGUCCUGCUACAAUCCGGUCGAUAGCAAGAUCUACGAGGUCGGAUGCGCACAUGUUCUGGUGAAAAACGUCGAGAUGGACAUCGUCAAAGUAGCCAUCGUUGCGAUAUCAUCCGCGUUAAUACAGAGUCUCGGCAUCUUCUGCGUGAUCCAGCUGGUGAUGCUCCUAAAACGGCCCAAACUGACCCUCCCCAACGGCAACAGCCACUCGCUGCGGAUCAAGCGACCGCGUGAAAUGGCACCACUGGCCACCAGCACGAUCGCUUCCACAUCCAGCGGCAUGACGUCGCACACGAUGACCGUCUCGUCGUUGGGCCCAACUGCUCCAACCGCUCAUAGCAGUGCCAGCAGCACCAUGCUGAAGCCUCCGAUCGCACAGAAACCGAUUGUGCCCAAAAUCGAACACCCGAUCAUCAAAUAGCAGUACGCCACCCCAGGGGGAUGUAUUCUUUGAGUUGCAUUUUUGAACGAUUUUUACUUUCUCGUUUCCGGUAGGUAGACUGUGCGAAUGUGUAAAGUUAUUGUAGGAUUAAAUAGAAGGGGGGCGUAAGUGACUUUCGAAUGCUCCUCGGAGGACUCAUCGCUUAGACAUUUAGAUUUAGGAGACACAAAAAAUCCAGCCAUCUCGUCCAUUAUUGAUGUACUUAGAAACGCGUUGAUAACGUUUUCCGAUUUUAAUGAUAAACGAGAGUACUUAUCGCUGCUACGUUUGCGUUGAUGUAGAAGUGUAGUUUGUAAGGUUCAUCGAUUUAGCCGUUAUCUAUUUUUUUCCACCACGCUUAUAUCCGACUUGCGACAGUGAAGUAUUUCUACGAUUACCUACCGCUAUACAGAGAAAACAAAAUUCUGAGCAGAAUUGCUCGAUUCCGAAUAUGACAGGACGAAGGCAUGCAUAAGUAUGUUUUAGUGGAUCAGGAAAUAUUUUUAAUAAAAUUCAAUAAUGAUUUAGAAA